AUGUCCCAAAGUCACGUGACGAGCCAGGAGGGCCAAGGCCAUAUAUGGCAUGAGGACAUGGGAUUGGUAGAUGCAGUGAACAAUCUACUUGCAUCGCAUGCCCAUACAGCCCCUGGGUUCGCGUCCUUCCAUGACCCGACCUCCAAUUCAGCCAACUCCGUCGGCGAGCCCCAGGCCUUCCCAAUCGCGUCAUCGACUCACCCGGAUGAGAGCGCUAACAAAAAGCAGAAACGUCGCUCUUCUCGCAAGGCUCAUCCGUACCCUAGAAGUCAGUCCAGCCGCAAGAGUGUCGAGACGGCCGGCCUGGGCGACAGUUGCGUCGAUGCUCCGAGCAAACGGGCCAAGAAGCGCUCUGUGGACGUCGAAGGCACUUCCAUGGGCGGCGGAGGGUUACAGGGCGGAGCGAGGUCUUAUGGGGGCGCGGUCCCAUCUGAAGCGCCCGCUCAGACCUACGUAGCCCCUUCGUUCGCAAACGAAGAGACAACCAUCGGUACUGCUAUCACAGCACCAACGGCUGUUGCAGCUCCAGUCCCCGCACAUGGAGUUACAUUCCACUACGAGGGUGGAUGGGGACCCGCAGGGUACAUUGGCCUACCGCCGACUACUGGGCAAAACUUCUCGCCCACAGAUGACCUCAGCGGCUUCACUGGCCACGCUCAACUUGGCGCAGAUACCCUGUCGUUUGCAUACAAUCCCGUCAGCGACGACUUCUUCGGCGGUCAAGCAGGGACGACUUACCUGGACAACUCCCAAAACUUCGACGUCCCAUACAAUUUUACCGGAAACACAUUCUUUGCUGGCGGUCAGGAGGCUCCCUAUUGA